CGAGGUUAGUCGCCGUUCGGCAGCGCGUCGCCAUCGGUGUUACGCCCCCAUCUAAUCCCCGCCUGCAGCCCGAGUGAACCGGGCCGUGCGCUUCGCACACGCUUUUCGCACGCUACUCGCGCACACAGCUCUUAGUAGCUGAUCCUCAUCAUGGACUCCAGGAUACUGUUAUGUUUCCUAAUUUAUACUUUUAAUUCUGCAUAUGGGGAAGUUGAUAUUAUCACUGAACCUCGACCUGGAGAAGAAUAUGUUAUUGUUAGUUCUGGGCAGCAAACGCCUUUGAGGAAUUUUGAAACUUCACAUAAAAUACCAGAAAAACAUCCAAACUAUAGAUUAACAAAAACGGACGAAAGUGAAAAAAUAUAUAAAAAGUUGCAUAGUGGUAAAAACAAACAUCCUUCUGAAGGUAUUAUUUCUAUUGAAGAAGAUAAAAAAGCUAAUUUAAAAAAGGGAUUAAAAAUUAAAGCUUCAGAGUCCAUAGAAGUUGACGUUCCUGUUUCUAAGCUAGAAGAAAUCAAAAUUCAAGAAAAUGUUAAAGAUACAGACAUAAACUCAAAAAUGGCCGUAGCUUUAGAAGCUAUGUCAGAAUCAGGGAAAUUGAGUAAUAUAGAUGGUACAACCACGCAGAAACCAAUACUGACUACUUCAGGACCAACACCUGAUAAGGCAUAUGACUAUAUACCAAUUAAUUUUGACACUAUUGAUGAUAUCAAUAGUGGCUUACUUUCAUCAAACGUAAAGCUGGAAACUGCUGGUUCUGAACAAAAGCAGCAUUCCCGAAUUCAAGUUAAAAAAGGACCAAACGGUCAAGAUUAUGAAUAUGAAUAUAUUUAUUAUUACUAUGAUGAUGAAGAGGAAGGUAAAAAAGAGAAUAAAGAUAAAGCUUCCUCUUCGACAGACAAAGCACUCGUUUCGAAUUCUCAUGAUGGGCCACAGAAAGUUGAAACUGAAAAUCAAAUAACUAAGGAAGUCAAACCAAAGAGCAAGUAUAGUACAAUCGAUAGGUCCAGCGCAACGACAGUUGCUGCUCCCGAAGUACAUAAUGAAGUUAAUCCAACAGCCAGAUCUCGUUCCCGUGGUCGAAAUAUUACACCUGCUCCAGUUGAAGAAGAAUCACGUGAAGAAAGGCUCCCGUCAAGUACACGAUUUCCUCCCCGCGGUCGCAACUUAGCGACUGCGAGCUCUACAACGCAUGCUCCUGAGGUAUCCUCCCAGACGAUAAGACAUCGUGGUCGGUCACAGGUUGACAAUGUUGCCGAUGAGUCAAUUGGUCAAACUAGAAGUAGAACACGCGCUCAUAUCAGGCGGCCAAGUUCAGAAUUAGUAGAUCUUGACAGUUUUAAAACUCAUUCAGGUGAUAUUCCUGCGCCAUAUAAAGAACAACCAACAAGGUAUUCAUCAGAAAGUAAGACAACCACAGAAGCAUCUGAGAAUGUUCCUAAUACAAGCAAUCCAUCACAAUCUAAAGAAUCACACAGGGAAGGCCACAGCCUAGCUAGUGGUAUUAUAUUCCAAGAAAUUUUAGAUGAUUCCAAACUACCACCAGAUUAUAAGCAAACAACAACUUACGAACAGGAAACGACUGAAUAUACAACAAUGACAGCAAUGGAAAAGGUUGCAUUAGAUUUAUACGCGUACUUGGCUGGUGAAAAUUUAAAUAACGAAAUUAGCCCAGCGGGUGAUUUGAUGAACUUUGAUGCAUCGACUACUUUGGAUCAAGACGUUUGGACAACUGAAGUUAUGAGUACAACGGAAGAGGAGACAACACCUGCGGCUACUACUACGACAACAACAACUACUACGACCACUACUACGACUACAACCACACCGGCGCCCACGACAACGACGACCACGGCUGCGCCAACACGUCCUUCAAGAUUUAAGGGACGUCCAGGAGCGAGAUCACGUAGUCCCGCUUCCACGAGCGCUGCUACUGAAGCACCGCAAGAAACCUCUACAAGAGCCCGAGGUCGGUUCGGAAAACCCAAUGGAAACAGGAAAACAACAGCCGCUGCUGUCGAAGCAUCUACUUCUUCCGCGCCAGUUGAAAAACCAGCACAACCAAAGGCGUUUGGUCGUCGAGGACUUUUUGCCGGCCGCACGAGGCCCAGUACGACUGCUGCCCCAGUACAAGAAUCAGCAAGCAGCGCUGCCAGUGAACCUUCAACUCCAAGAACGCGCCUUCGUCCCGGUUUGAGAAGGCCUGCUUCAACAACUACCGCAGCACCGUCGUCUGCCGAGGCAACUGAAACUACAGCAUCUGUCAGCCAAAGCAAUGGCUCCGGCGAAGCUGUAGAAACUACUCCGAUUCCUUCCAGAACUAUCGGACGUAAACCUGGUGUAAGGCCAGUCUCACUCCGACCUGGGCCAAGGCUGAACAUCAGGCCGAGUCCUCGUUUAAGGCCCGGUUUGACAAGCGCAGCCCCAACAGAAGCACCUUCUGAAGCACCGGCUGAGACUGCCGCACCCGACGCCCCUGCGACUGAAGCUGAAAAUGAGGGUUCUUCACCUACGCCAGCCCCUGAGCAACCUCGUGGUGUGCUGAAAUUGAGGAAUCGCUUGCAAGUAUCUCCAUCGCCGAAACCGCGCGUCUCUGUGACCCCCCCGCCUCGCCGACCCAACCCACUUCUGAAGAAGAGGUUGCCCUCUACUGAGGCGACAACGGAAGCGCCGAAAAAGUCAACUGAGACGACAGAGGAGAGCACUAGUGCAGAGAAAAGCGAAGCUGAAGUGGAGACCGAGGCACCGGCAGUAGAAAGUACUCCCGCACCUCCUCUGCGCGGCCUAGAUGCUCUCAUAGCUAGGAGGCGCGCGGCCGGCGUCGGCGUCCGCCCCGUCCGUCCCGUGCGAGGCGCGAGGUUCCACAACUAAUCUCACUCGCUGUUCUAUGACGACUGUCAUCCUGGAACUCAUACGGAAACACUCCGUUGACCACACCGUCUUACAAGAUGUUUACUUCUUCAGCUAGCCCGAUUUAUAUAUUUUAACUGACUUAACUUUUUUCUAUCUCAAAUCAUUUUCAGAUCUAUUAUAAUAUAUUAAUAAUAUUUACAAUGCAGUCGACGAAUUCUCAUCUCCGAAUGGUUCCAGGGUGAAACGUUAAGUCUGUCAUUUAGUCAAAUUAUUCCCCAAACUGCCUAGAGGUUACUCAUACUUUUUUUUCAGUAGUAGUUCUAUGUUUACGUAUAAUUAGAUAUAUAUAGAUUAUGUUUAAAUUGUUUUUUAGUGUUUCGAUACCUAUCCGUUUGAUUAAGAACUUUCUUUCGAUAUCCUUAAAUAUUUGCAUUAUGUACAUAUUAGAAGUAAAUUUAUAUGACAAGUAGGUUUUUAUCGAGGGUUUGAUCUUCAAAGCAAGUCGCAGUUGUCGUCUCACAGACCAAAUUAUUAACCAUCGAAUCCCAUUUCACGUGGACAUAUCCUAAUGGCCAAAGUAGCUAUCCAUAAGAGUAGGGACGCAGUUUUCUUUAAGAAUAGCCCUUAUUAUAUCAUUAAUAAACCUUGUAUCUACCAUCUGGUAUGCUCUUUAUAUAUAUUUAAUUAUUGUUUCAACGUUUAAAGACGAGUAUUGGUGCUAUGUUGUUACACCAGACGUCUCGCAAGAAACAUACAAAAUUUUAUUAGUUUAAUUGAAAUUGUGACAAUAUUUUAAAAUUUUCGGUAAUGCCUUUUUUUCAAUAUCUUAAAUAUUUUGUAAUUAUUGUGUGAAACUUUUAUUAUUUUCAGUAAUUGGUCACUAAAUUGUUUUAUGAUCUAUUAAUCAAAUACAUCGAAAACUAACAAAUAGCAACUAUCAAAUAUUACAUUAUUUCCAUACAACUCUAUACUUGUGUAUUCUUAUAUAAGGUUUUGUAGACAUUUCAAAUCAUAUUCUAGUUUAAUUACCGUGAAACAUAACGGUAUAUACUCACUUGUCUUUAUUUAUUAUAUAUUAGUGGUCAAAAUGUUAUAGGGCUUAAGUAAGAAAGUUGUUAAUAAUUCGUUCCGUCAACACUCAUCGAUUUGACUAGAAACGUCUGCUAAAGCACUGAUAGUUAGUGCCAUCGUGAUAUGUUUUGUAUCUGUCGUAAGUGUGAUAAUAAACUAAAUGUUAAGAUAUAUUA